AUGUUUGGCAAGGUAAUUACAUUGCCUUGCAUGAGAGCUCCUGAGCCUACGGAGAAAGAGGAUGAGCCCGUUGGUCCUGCUAGGACAGUUGCUGAUCUACUUCAACUGGCUGGAGAGAUCGGGCCGCAGUAUCGUAUUGUGGUGGCGCAGUUAUUCAACACUUGGUUGGACAUGCGUGAAAAGGUCAAUCCGGUGAUGAAGGUGGAUCACUCAUUAAAGGUUGGACAACAGGUUUAUGUGUACACCAACAGGCCAUCUAAGCUGGAUUCCUGUUGGCGUGGUCCUUAUUUUAUAGUUUCGUUGCUUGGUCGAAGUGCUACUUUGAGUACGGAGCGUGGACUCGAGACCCAUUAUGCUGGUAACCUGAAGCGUUGUAAGGUUAGUGAAGAGAGCUCCGGGGCAAGGCCCACUAGGUUUGCAGCUCAGCGCUCGCAGAUUUUGACUCGUGAGUUACUCAGAGAAGAAUUCCAAGUUCAACGUGCUGUAGGCCAGUCAAAGAAGCGUUCAGCGGCUGAGGUGAAUGCUGAGAUUGGCAGGCUCCAUAAAGUAGCCCGCCGUUAA